AUGAUUUCCCAUACCUCAAACAUUCUUCUUCUCCUCUUCUUAUGCACUACAUUAUUCAUAUCUUUUUCUUCUAGUACAAGCUUUCCAACCCAAUACUCCAUACUGGGUCCUAACCUGGACAGGGCUCUUUCAAAGGAUGAAGCCAUGCUACUAUUCCAACAAUGGAAGAAAGAGCAUGGACGAGUCUACAAUGACCUAGAUGAGAUGACAAAGCGAUUUGAGAUUUUUGUGUCCAAUUUGAACUACAUAACGGGUUCGAAUGCAAAGAGAAUGUCAUUAUCACCUUCUCAUCAUCACCAUCUUCUUGGUGUGAGUAAGUUUGCUGAUUUGAGCCCAACUGAGUUCAAAGAAAUGUACUUGCUGCACGACUUUGAAAUAGCCACUGAUGAGAAUGGCAUGAAGGGAAUUAAUGAGGUAUCUUGUCAAGCUCCUUCAUCCUUGGAUUGGAGGCAAAAGGGAGUUGUCACCCCGGUUAAGAGCCAAGGAACUUGUGGAAGCUGUUGGGCAUUCUCAGCGGCAGGUGCAAUUGAAGGAGUAAACGCUAUAGCAACAGGGGAGCUUAUUAACCUUUCAGAGCAACAGAUUCUGGAUUGUGAUCCAGAAAGCAAUGGUUGUUACGUGGGAUAUGUGGAUAAAGCGUUCGAUUGGGUUAUGAGCAAUGGUGGCAUUGCCUUAGAUGCUAAUUAUCCUUAUGAAGGAGAGAAGCUUACCUGCCAAUCAUCCAUGAUUGUACACAAUACUGCAACCAUUGAUGGCUAUGGACACGUUCCACAAUCAGACGAGGGACUCUUGUGUGCCACUGCUAAACAACCUGUUAGUGUGUGCCUCAACGCAAAUGAAUUUCAAUUUUACCAUUCUGGAAUAUAUGAUGGUGAGAACUGUGCGCCAACUGAUUAUACAAAUCACUGUCUGUUAAUUGUGGGUUAUGAUUCCAAAGAGGGACAAGAUUUUUGGAUUUUGAAGAAUUCGUGGGGUGAGAACUGGGGAUUGAAUGGCUAUAUAUGGAUCAAAAGGAACACCAAUUUACCAUAUGGGGUCUGUGGAAUCAAUGGUGCGGCCUAUAUACCAAUCAAAAACACCAUUCAUCCUUAG